AUGGACGUCAAUACUCUACAAGGGGUGCUGAAGACCGCCCUCAUCCCCGGCAGCCUAGCACGUGGCAUGUAUGAGGCUGCCUUAGAUGAGCUCCAAGCCCAUCUCUGUGUGCUUGCAUCUAGCUGUGACGAGUCCAUGCAUGUCAAGUUGGUGGAGGCACUUUGUGCUGAGCACCAAAUCAACCUGAUUAAGGUUGACAACAAGAAGAAACUGGUGGAAAGAGUAGGCCUCUUUAAAAGUGACCCAGAGUGGAAGCCGCAUAAAGUGGUUGGUUGCAGCUGUGGUGGUUAA